AUGGUCGAUACAGCAUCCUACCAUCAACAACAAACUUAUUUGGACAUGUCGGCAGCAACCGCUAAUGGUAUCCUUCAUACUCAUACUAAUGGUCAUGGUUCUCAACCAGAUCAAAUUCCAUUUAAUCUCGAUCAACUACCAGCUGGUUUUGAUUUAGAUGGUCAAGAUGAAUGUAAUUCAUCGGCACGUAUGUUCGAACGAACACGUAUUCAAGUUCUAGCUGAUGAACGUGGUCAUGUGCAAAAGAAAACAUUUACAAAAUGGGUUAAUUCACAUUUAACUCGUGUUGGUUGUCGAAUUAAUGAUUUAUAUACUGAUUUAGGCGAUGGACGAAAUUUAAUUCGUCUUUUAGAAAUUUUAAGUGGAGAACGUUUACCUAAAGCAACACGAGGAAAAAUGCGAAUACAUUGUUUAGAAAAUGUUGAUAAAGCUAUUAUGUUUUUACAAGAACAACAUGUUCAUUUAGAAAAUAUUGGUGCACAUGAUAUUGUCGAUGGUAACUCAUCGUUAAUUCUUGGUCUUAUAUGGACAAUAAUCCUUCGUUUUCAAAUACAAGAUAUAACUAUAGAAGAAUAUGAAUCAACUGAAACAAAAUCAGCUAAAGAUGCAUUAUUACUUUGGUGUCAAAUGAAAACAGCUGAUUAUCCUAGUGUAAAUGUACGAAAUUUUACAUCAUCUUGGAAAGAUGGUUUAGCAUUUUGUGCAUUAAUACAUAAACAUCGUCCUGAUCUUAUACCACAAUAUAAAACUUUAACCAAAGAUAAUCCAAAUCAUAAUUUACAAUUAGCAUUUGAUAUAUGUGAAAAACGUUUAGGAAUAAGUAAAUUACUUGAUCCUGAAGAUGUUAAUGUUGAAUAUGUUGAUGAAAAAUCUGUUAUAACAUAUAUUGUUACAUUAUAUCAUUAUUUUUCCAAAAUGAAAAAUGAUAGUGUACAAGGUAGACGUUUAGCUAAAGUUGUUGGUUCAGCACUUGAUGCAGAAAAAAUGGCACAUGAAUAUGAACGUUUAGUAUCGGAUUUAUUAGCAUGGAUUGAACAAACAAUACGUACAUUAAAUGAUCGACAAUUUCCUAAUUCACUUGGACGUGUACAAGAAAGACUUGUUGAUUUUAAUCGUUAUCGUGUUAUGGAUAAACCAUCGAGAUUUGCUGAAAAAGGAAAUUUAGAAGUUUUAUUAUUUACAUUACAAAGUAAAGAACGUGCUAAUCAACAAAUACCAUAUCAACCACGUGAAGGAAAAAUGAUAUCGGAUAUAAAUCGUGCUUGGGAAAAUCUUGAACGUGCUGAACAUGAAAGAGAAUUAGCAUUAAGAGAAGAAAUUUUACGACAAGAACGUUUAGAACAAUUAGCAACAAAAUUUAAUCGAAAAGCUGGUUUAAGAGAAAAAUGGUUAACAGAUAGUGAAAAAUUAGUAGCAAGCGAUCAAUUUGGUACAGAUUUAGCAUCAGUUGAAGCGGCAUUUAAAAAACAAGAAGCUAUUCAAACAGAUAUAGCUGCAUUUGAAGAACGUCUACAAAAUAUAAUGGCAAUUGCAAAUGAACUUCGAACAGAAGAUUAUCAUGAUUACGGAACAAUUGAAGCACGAAAAAAAAAUGUUGAAAUGCAUUGGGAAUAUUUAGUUGGUUUAGUUACUAAACGACGACAAUGUCUCGAACUUGCAUAUAAUUUACAACGUGUUUUUCAGGAAAUGCAAUAUAUUUAUGAAUGGAUAACUGAUUUAAAAUGGAGAUUAAAAUCUGAUGAUAUUGAAAGAUAUAUUAUGUCGGCUGAUGAUCUUCUUCAACGACAUUCAUUAAUUGAAGCUGAUGUAUUUGUUAUUGAUGAACGUUUACAACGAGCUAUAGCUGAUGCCGAUGAAUAUCUUAGUCCUGAUGCUCAUAUUGAAGGAUAUCGUCCAGCAACAUCCGAAGAAAUUGAAAUACGUAUACAUAAUUUACAAAAAGCAUAUGAAGAAUUAAUUGAAUUAGCACGUAAACGUCGUGAUAUACUUGAACAAGCUAAAAUCUUAGCGAAAUUUUAUUCGGAUGUUGGUGAUGUUGAAUUAUGGAUUGAUGAAAAACAACAAACAAUGACAUCACCUGACAUGGGUCAUGAUGUUAAUUCAACUGAUAGUUUAGUUGGUAAACAUAAAUUAGUUGAAGCUGAUAUGACUUCAAGAUAUGGUCAACUCGAUAAUUUAACAGGUCAAAGUGAAAAUAUGAUAAAGCAAGGACAUUUUGCUGCACCAAGAAUUAAUGAUCGUUUGGAUAUGCUUAAAUCAAAAUGGAAUAAUUUACUUCAAAUAUCAUCAAAUCGUGCUGAUAAUUUAAAACAAACACAUGAUUAUUAUCAAUUCUUUGCUGAUGCUGAUGAUACUGAUACAUGGAUGCUUGAUAUGUUAAAACUUGUAUCAAGUGAAGAUAUUGGUCGUGAUGAAUUAUCCGCUCAAACAUUAUUUAAAAAACAUAAAGAUACACAAGAUAUAUUAGAUAAUUAUCGUCAAGCAAUUGAUAAUUUAAAAACAAAUAAUCUUCAAACAUUAACACCAGAAAAACAAGCAUCAUCCGAAGUUCAACAACGUCUUCAAUCAAUUGAACGUCGUUACACAGAAUUACUUGAAUUAUCAAAAUUACGUAAACAAAAAUUACAUGAUGCUAUAUCAUUAUUUCGUUUAUUAGCUGAUGCUGAUAAUGUUGAAGCAUGGAUUGAAGAGAAAGAACGAUUUUUAGCAACAUUAGAUCCAACACAAGUUAAUGAUAUUGAAGAAUUAGAAGUAAUUAAACAUCGUUUUGAUGGUUUUGAACGUGAUAUGAAUUCAACAGCAUCGAAAGUUGCUAUUGUUGGUCAUCAAGCACGUACAUUAGUACAAAAUGAUCAUCCAAAUUCACAAGAAAUUUUAGAUCGUAUUAAUAAAUUAAAUCAUAAUUGGGCACAAUUAAGACGUUUAGUUGAUAAAAAACGUGAAGAUUUAAGUUCAACAUUUGGUGUACAAACAUUUCAUAUUGAAUGUAAUGAAACAAUAUCAUGGAUACAAGAUAAGAUUCGUAUUGUACAAUCAACUGAAGAUCUAGGUCGUGAUCUUGGUGGUGUAAUGACAAUGCAACGUCGUUUAAGUGGUUUAGAACGUGAUAUGGCUGCAAUACAAUCUAAACUUGAUCAACUUGAAUCCGAAGCAUCAAAACUUGAAAAAGAUCAUCCAGAAGACGCACAAGAUAUUCGUAAUAAAGUUGGCCAAAUAAAUUCAGUUUGGUAUGAAUUAAAAGAAAUUUUACGUCGUCGAGAAGAAUCAAUGGGUGAAGCAGCUGAAUUACAAAAAUUUCUUCGUGAUCUUGAUCAUUUUUCAGCAUGGUUAACACGUACACAAACAUCAGUUGCAAGUGAAGAUAUACCAAAUUCAUUAAAUGAAGCUGAACAAUUAUUAAAUCAACAUCAAACAAUAAAAGAAGAAAUUGAUCGUUAUGGUCCGGAUUAUGCUCAAAUGAAAGAUUAUGGUCAUCGUGUUAUACGUGAUGCUGAUACAACCGAUCCUCAAUAUAUAUUUUUACGUGAACGUUUAAAUGCACUUGAUGAUGGUUGGAAUGAACUUGAUCAAAUGUGGCAUCAGAAAAAAAAUAUGUUAACAGAAGCAAUGCAAUAUCAAAUGUUUGCAAGAGAUUCAAAUCAAGCUGAAAUCUUAUUAAAUCAUCAAGAAGCUUAUUUAGCUCGAGAACGUGAACAAAAACCUAAAUCAUUUGAUGAUGUUGAAGUAUUAAUUAAAAAACAUGAAGAUUUUAUUACAACCAUGACUGCAAAUGAAGAUAAAAUACAAGGUGUCUGUUCAUUUGCUCAACGUUUAUGUCAAGAAAAUCAUUAUUUAGGUGAUCGUAUUUUAUCACGUGCUUCAAUUAUUAAUGAUCGUUAUUCAUCGAAUCGUCAAUCAGCUCUUGAAAUGCAUGAAAAACUUCAAGAUUCACUUAAAUAUUUUCAAUUUGUUCAAGAUUGUGAUGAUUUGAAAGAAUGGCUUGAUAUGAAAUCAUUACAAGCACAAGAUGAUACAUAUCGUGAUACAGCAAAUAUUCAUACAAAAUAUCUUCGUCAUCAAGCAUUUCAAGCUGAAAUUCUAUCAAAUAAAGAACGUUUACUUGCAUUAAAAGAACAUGCUGAACAAUUAAAAUCUGAACAUCCACAAAUAAUUAAUUCAUCGAUUAUUGAUCAACGUAUUCAUGAAUUAGAUGAUUCAUGGGUUAAAUUAGAAGAUAUAACACGUGAUAAAGGUGAACGUUUAUUUGAUGCUAAUCGUUCGAAAUUAUUUCAACAAUCAAUUACGAAUCUUGAUGAAUUUAUGUUUAAUAUUGAAAAACAUUUAUAUGCUGGUGAAUCAACUACAACCGCACCACCAUCAUCAUCUGAUCAAAUUGAUAGUCAAGUUCUUUCAACGGGAUUAGUAGCAGCAGCACCAUCAACAACAACAGCAACACUUGAACCAGUAGAAAAUAAUUUAACAGCAACAAAUCUUUUAUUACUUAAACAAACAACAAUUGAAGAAGAAUUAUUAAAACGUCAACAACAAGUUGAUGAAUUACGUGUUCAAGCUGAAAAAUUAAAACAAUUAGAACCAGAAAAAUCCGAAGAAAUUGAUACAAAACGUUUACAAGUUGAAGAAAAAUUUUCUAAACUUCUUCAACCAUUAGAACAAAAAAAAUUACGUUUAGAACAACAAAAACAUCUUCAUCAAUAUUUACGUGAUAUUGAAGAUGAACAAAUAUGGUUAAGUGAAAAACGUCAUUUAUUACAAUCCUAUUCGGAUUUAAUCUUUAAUAAUAAACAACAAACAUUAAUGAAUGUACAACUAUUAAAACGUAAAAAUGAAUCAUUAUUAAAAGAAAUUGAAAACCAUGAACAACGUCUUCUUGAACAUUUAAAUAAUGAAUGUACACGUAUAAGUCAAGAUUAUCCAGCACGUGCCGAUGAAUUUCAAGAACGUUUAGAAAAUUUAUCGGAUAAUUAUAUUCAAUUAAAAGAAACAAUUAAACAACGACGUGAACAUUUAGAAUUAUUAGAAAAUCUUUAUCAAUAUUAUUAUGAUUUAAGUGAAGCUGAAGCAUGGCUUGGUGAACAAGAAUUAUAUAUGAUGAGUGAAGAACGUGGUAAAGAUGAAUUAGCAACACAAACAUUUAUACGUAAACAACAAACAAUGGAUCAAACAAUUGAAAAUUAUACGGAUAUAUUACGUGAAUUAGAUAAUAAAGCAAAACAUUUAAUACAAGAUUUAAAUCAUUCAAGUUUAACAAAAGAUUUUGUUCAUGAUCAUCAAGAUUUAAUUAAUAAACGACAAACACAAUUAGAUAAAUUAUAUGCUAGUUUGAAAGAUUUAUCUGUUGAAAGACGACAACGUUUAGAAGAAACAUUAAAAUUGUAUCGUCUUAAUCGAGAAAUCGAUGAUCUUGAACAAUGGAUAUCGGAUAGAGAAUUAAUUGCUGGUUCACAUGAACUUGGACAAGAUUUUGAACAUGUUAAUAUGUUACUUGAUCGUUUUGCUCAAUUUGCACAAGAAACAGAACAAAUUGGUAAUGAACGUUUACAACAUGCUAAUGAUAUGAUUGAUUUAUUAAUAUCAAAUGGUCAUAUUGAUUCAGCUGAAAUUGCCGAAUUAAAAGAUACAUUAAAUGAAUCCUAUCAAGAUCUAUUAGAAAUGAUUGAAACACGUUUACAAUCAUUAAAAGCAUCAUGGGAAUUACAGAAAUUUUUACAUGAUUGUAAAGAAAUACUUUCAGCUAUGCAAGAACGUAAAAAUACAAUACCAGAUGAAAUUGGUCGUGAUCAACAAAGUGUCCAACAAUUAUUACGUAAACAUCAACAAUUUGAAACAGAAUUAGUUCUAUUAGCACAAGAUAUACAACGUAUACAACAGGAAGCUAAACGUUUAAAUGGACGUUAUGCUGGUGAGAAAGAAACUGAAAUCAAACAAAAAGAAAUUGAUGUAUUAACACAAUGGAAAUUAUUACAACAAUUUGUUGAUCAACGAAAACGUUUAUUAAAUGAUUAUGAAGAUUUACAUCGAUUCUUUAAUUUAACACGAGAUUUAAAUAUGUGGAUGGAUGGAAUGAUUAGACAAAUGAAUAAUAGUGCUAAACCACAUGAUGUUAGUGGUGUUGAUUUAUUAAUGAAUAAUCAUCAGAGUUUAAAAGCAGAAAUUGAUGCUCGACAAGAAAAUUUUACAAUGUGUAUUAAUUUAGGUAAAGAUUUAAUUAAUCGUCGUCAUGUACGUUCAUCUGAUGUCAAAGAUAAAUGUGUUGAAUUAUCUAUGUUACGUGAUCGUCUUGACGAUACAUGGCAUGAACGUUGGGAAUAUUUACAACUUAUUCUUGAAGUUUAUCAAUUUGCACGUGAUGCAGCUAUUGCUGAAACAUGGUUAGUUGCUCAAGAAUCUUAUUUAAAUAAUGAAGAACUUGGAGAAACAUUAGAUCAAGUUGAAAAUUUAAUAAAACGUCAUGAACAAUUUGAAAAAUCUUUAAUGGCACAAGAAGAUCGUUUUAAUGCAUUACGUAAUUUAACAACAUUAGAAAAGAAACGACAACAACCACCUAUUGAACCACGUCAAAGUCGUUUACCAAUUUAUUUAGAAGAAUUUAAAACAUGGGAAGAACGUGAUACUGAACGACCAAUAGGUGAUAAAUCAAAAAUGAAAUCAACAAUAAUAGAAGAAAAAACUAUGACGGAUGGUCAUGAUCGUUUAUCAGGUAAACAACGUCCUAGUCAAGAAUAUGAUACAACAACUGGUAAACAACGACGAUCAGAAUCAAGUACACGUUUACCAAUAAUUAAAGAAGGUUUCUUAACACGAAAACAUGAAUGGGAAGGAUAUGAACGUAAAGCAACACAUCGUACAUGGGAAAAAUAUUAUUGUGUAUUAACAAGCAGUCGUUUGUCAUUCUAUAAAGAUGCUAAGCAUUUAAAAACUGGUCGUCAAGUUAGUGAUGAUCUUAUUUUAGAUGUAUCAGCUAAUGUUGCACCAGCAGUUGAUUAUCAUAAAAGACAUAAUGUAUUUCGUUUAAAACUUCAAGGUGGUAAUGAAUAUUUAUUUCAAGCACGAGAUAAUAUUGAAAUGAAUGAAUGGAUCAUGACAAUUAAUAAUUCGAUUAAUUCAUCAUCAAUAACAAGUAGUGCAACAACAUCACCAACAACACAAAUUCCAUCAAUUGCUUUAACUUCACCACCAACAGCAAGUUCAUCAUCGCGACAGGUAACAACACCUGCUAUGAUAUCAAGUACAUCAGGUGUUGAAAUGUCUCAAUCAUCUUCGGAUCAAGAACCAAAAUCACGAACAUUACCAGUACGUUCAAGUUCAUCAGUUGAACCUGGUUCAUCACAACAACCACCAGCUGUGAAAAAGAAAUCAAAUCGAUUAUUUUCAUCAAAACGAAAAUGA